UGAGAUUAGUUGUACGGUACAUAACGAUUGAAUAAAAGCCGUGAAACAUUCAUUUGUAACAUUCAGUUAUACCGCACACUGGUAUCCAACUGUUGUUUUACUCUAUACUCAACUCAAAGAUCUUUCAUUCAAUUAUAAAACAUUUAAAAAACAAUUUUCUUUUUAAGUGCAAAUAUUUGACAAUAAGAUGCCGAUCGAUAUCUACUCACUCCGUUAUAGCCCUCCCUGUCGGGCAGUCCUCAUGACGGCUAAGCAUUUGAAUAUUGAUUUAAAUAUCAAAACUGUUGAUCUGAGUCAAAGCCAACAUUUAGCUGAAGAUUACCUCAAGAUUAACCCAGCUCAUACUGUUCCUACCAUUGAUGACGACGGGUUCAUAUUAUGGGAGUCGAGAGCUAUUAUGCAAUACUUGUGUAACCGAUACGCACCGGACAGUCCCCUCUAUCCGAGUGAUCCCAAAAAGCGUGCACUUGUGGACCGUUGGCUUAAUUAUGACCUGUCUAUUUUUAGCGCACUCCGAGAAUCACUGUUGGUACCAAAAUUUAUGGGUUUGGAAAUGAGCGAAGAAAAUAAGACGAAAUUUAAUGACACAAUCAAACUCUUGGAUCAGUUAAUUGGGAACAACAAAUAUGUGGCGGGAAGUAACCUAACAAUUGCCGAUUUAUCUGUUUUGGCCACUACUAACUCCCUGAUAAUAUUUGACAUGGAUUUGAGUCCUUACCCUAACUUUAAGACUUGGAUGACUGGAUUGACUGAAGAACUGCCUUAUUUUGACGAGAUUAAUAAGUUUGAAAACGAAGAUAUUAUGGGAUAUAUGGCUAAAAUGAAGGCAUUCUUCCUCGCGAGACGUAGUGAGUCCUGGGGGUCUGGUCCCCGCGAUCGAUGACAAUGGGUAUAAACUAUGGGAAAGUCGGGCUAUUAUGCAAUAUUUGUGUAGCAAAUAUGGUCCGGACACUCAACUCUACCCCAAGGACCUCGAAACAAGGGCUGAAGUGGACCGUUGGCUCUACACUGACUGCACUCUAUUCCCAUUCAUCAGAGAUGUUACGUUUUUCUCAAAAUUUCGUUCAAUCCUUACGGAAUCCACAAUCAGUUUAUUAAAAGAUAAUCUAAAACUUGUGAAUCAACUGAUUGGCGAUAAGACAUAUUUAGUGGACAAUCAUUUAACUAUUGCAGACCUGUCACUGUCGGCCAGCCUUUCAUUUCUAAUUUACUAUAAUUACGAUUUGACUGAUUAUCCAAACAUUAGCCGAUGGUAUAUAUCAUUGUCUAAAUUAUUGCCAUAUUUUGAGGAAAUUAAUGGCUUUACUAGUGAUGAAGCAAAUGAAAUUGUCUC